UGUUAAAAAAAUGUGGUGUCUAAUGGUUUUGUCUUCAUCUUGUCUUCACAGGAAUCUCAUGAUCACAUUCUUUUGGAUAUUCCUGUCUCUAGAGAGCAGAUGAAUCACUAUCGAGCUGCAGCUGAAACUGCUCAAAGUGAACUUGCAGCACUUUCAGUGAAGUAUGACUGUGCCCAGUCAGAGCUUCUUAAACUCAGGUCGAGCAUCAUCUCUAAAGAAGCUUCUUUUCAAGAACUGAAGGCUGAAGCUGAAAGUUAUAAGGAAAACAAUGCUAGACUGAUGUCUCGCCUCCUGUCUUUGCAAACACGAAUCCAGGAGAUGGAGGAAGAGCUGUGUGUGCUCGCCACUUCUAAAAACCAGGCUGAGCUGACAGCUCAGGUGGCAUAUAAGGAAAAUUUGGAGCUGAAGGAUGAGCUUCAUGAGAAAAGUACCAAACUUAAUAAAUAUUUGAAUGAGUGUGAGGAAGACAUGACUCAAGCUUCUAAAAUCAGCAAAAACUAUGAAGAACUCCUUACACAUCUUUCUGGAUUCUUGGACAUAGACAUCAGAGAAAAAGAGAAACCACAGGAACAUUUAACAUCAAAGGUCUCUGAAAUAUGUAAUGAAAAUGUGACACUAAAAGACCAAGUUGCUGCUCUUCAAGAAGCUGUGAAUGUCCAUGAGAUGGAGUCUAAAGCUAACAGAGAAACUAUCAUGAGACUAGUUUCAGAAGUGGCCAAGGAGCAGAAAAAGGCAUCAGGAUACUACCAAGACAUGGAAAAACUUAGUAAGGAUCUUGACAGUGCUAUAAUAAAGAGACAGAGUUUAGAGCUGGAGAUCAGAAACCUCCAAGAGAAACUGACAGUUAACCAGAAAGCUUUGGACACCUCAAAGCAGGAACUGCACAAUCUGAAGAAAUCUUCCAGGGAGUUAGAUGCAAGCUUGAAGAGUAGCAGAGAAGAGGCCAGGACUGCUCAGGACUCUUUAGAAGCUUUUAAAGAAGAAAUUGCUACCCUGCUCAGCUGUGGAUCUGAAAUAGUUAAACCUUCUGAGAAGACCAUUUUGGAGAGGAUCCAAGAAAUAAAUUGCAAAGAGGAGAAAAAAGAAAUAAUGGUAUCUCAGCUUGAAACACAAUUAGUUAAAUUGACUAAAGCCUUGGAGAAUCAGACCAGAUUGUACCAGGAAGCCCUGGAGAGGACCAGGAAAGCUGAAAAAUGUUCUGAGAAUUUCCACAAUCAAGUGAAGCACUUGGAAGAAGAAUUAUUAACUGGAGACCUGAUGCAAGAUGGUUUGAAGCUUGAGAAACAAAAAUAUCUUAAAUUUCUGGAGCAACUUAAUGAGAAGAUGAAGCUGGAUAGUCUAUCAGCAGAGGUUGGAUUUGAUAUGACUAUGGAUGUGAUUCUGGCCCGGGUAGAGCAGUUGGUGAAACUGGAAGGUGACGCGGUGGUUGAGAACAAGACUGUGGCAUACAGCCUCCGAAGGAAGUUGAAGGCUCAGAAAGAAAAACUUGAAAGCAGAGAGCUGCACAUGAACCUUCUGCGGCAGAAAAUAACCCAGCUGGAAGAAGAGAAGCAAGUAAGGACUGCCUUAGCUGUGGAAAGGGAUGAGGCCAAUCUCACUGUCAGAAAGUUGCAUAAGAUGAUAGAGAGGCUACAGCAGCAGCUUGAUCUGGCAAGGGAAACAAAUACGGAUCUCAAGGCCAAGCUGUCUGAAACCAGUGAGCUUAAGAUCAAAACUCUGGAGCAGAACAAAACAAUAGAGGAACUCAGUAAGUCUCAAGGCAAAUUGGAAAGAAUGAAAGAAAAAGCUGAGAAACAACUCAGGUCUGCCAAAUCAGAACUUCUUUUAAAGGAGCGUAAAGCUACUGAAGAUAAAGAAAAAAACAAAAAUAUGUUAGAAGCAGUUACCAGUGAGGUGAAGGUGCUUAAAACAACCCUUGCAGAACUAGCAAAAAGAGAGAGACAGCUGGCAGAUUUCCGAGAGGUGGUCUCGCGGAUGCUGGGCCUCGACACUGCCAGCCUGGCUCUUCCUGACUAUGAAAUCAUUACACGCCUUGACGGGCUGAUUCACUCCCAUCAGCACCAUUUCUUCCCCUGUGUCUGCCUCAAAGACAUGGCAAGGACCCCAGAGGAGCAGCAAAGGAACGUCCAGCUUCUUCACUGAAUGGAGAUGGAACAAAGUGAAAUUUUCUGUUUGCUUCCUUGCCUGCUGGACCUCCACAGAAAACAUCUCUGUUUCUGUUCCCUACCCUAGAGACACCAACUAGGGCUGAUUUUUAGAACUUCAACAGAGAGACUGAUAGGAAUGGGUAGAGUAAAUCCAGCAGCCUGGAGAUGGCAAACAGAAAAUCCCUGGGCAGCUUAAUACUUCAAUUAUGAAAAUGAUGGGAAACACAUCAAUGAAGCCCUCGAGUUUCAGUGCAGAGGCAUUGAAGUCAUGGGUCACCAAGGUCAGUUCACAGUUUUGAGAAGUUACUGGAUGUCUGCUUCAGUGGCAUUCCUUGUGUUUUACCUCUAGUUGACAAGGCUGAAAUCAAGUAGGGGUUGUCCUGCUGAUGUUCUUCUUGCCACCUGGGAACAUCUCGGCAUUUUUACACUUAAGGGCUUUAGAUAAUUGUCUGCAAGUUAGAGGAUUAUCUCAAUUUUGGAACAAGAGGGUUUUUUUUUUUCUUCUGUUGGUUUCUUUUGUCUGCUCGUAUGGCAAAACAAAAAAUUACAUUUUUGCAGCAAAGGCUUUCUCACAGGGUCCCAUCACGUGCCUCAUAUAGAUAUAUUUGGUAAAACUGAGUGUUGGCCUUGGUCAUGAUGUCUUGAAAAUUUUGCUUCCAGCUGCUGUAUUCCUUGGGUAAUUAAUCCACAGUGGCAAUUCUUCUGAGUUAAUGAAAAAUUAUUUUAGAAUUCUUGUUCACUACAGAAAAUAGUUGAACUACUUAAGUGUUUAUUUUCAGAGAACUGAUGAUGAUGAGGUGUACAAAACUACCUCUUAGUCAUAAAAACUGCUUUCUGAGUGUUGUUAAACUUCAUGUAUUUUUAAAAAGAAAUGUGGACAAUAAAUCUGUUUUAAUAGCACAUUCAAACUUCAUUAUGUGGUUUUAGUUUUCCCAUUAUAAGUUCUGUAUGGUUGUGUAGAACAGUAAAGACAAUUUACAUAAUUGUGUCUGACCAUUUAUGGGCUUUCCACAGUAUCUCAGCAAACGAUGACCCCCCCAGUAAAACUGAACACACUAUUUUAAGAAGAAUUACACUUUUUUGAGUAAGAGUGGUAAUUUCGAUAUCUGGCUGAGGACUCAAAACAUGUUUUUAUUUAAUUUGCUUCUGAAGAAUUGUUUCUCAGUGACUUGCUGUAAAAUAAAAAAUAAACAAUCAAGCUUUUUUAUUCUCAAGCAUUUUACAAAUGACUGUAAAAUCAGUCACUUGAGAAGACAGAAAUAUUUCUUGCAUAAAUUCUUACUCUCCUCUGGCUAACUGGAUUAAAAUCAGCUUAAUUUUUUGUUUUAUAAUGUA